AAGAGAGGUAUCCAUUUAACGGAGCCAUCUCGUGCUCGCAGCCAUCAGAUGCGCAAGAUAGGUGCAUGCUGGCGAUGUGCUAUGCAGAGAGAUCCUUGUGAUCACGGCGAUCCAUGUUCUAGAUGUGCUAUGCGCUCUCAGCGAGGUCAGAACUACUAUUUUGGAUGCGACCGAUCGAAAUUACCGGACUUUGUGACCGACUUCUUACCCCAGUCACUCUGCUUUGACCACACUAAGGGAGUGCUUGAAGAUACUGUGAGGACCGAGGUAGUGAAUUGGCACCGCGAGAAUAGCAUUGAUGUCUAUCUGUCCUGCGGCUAUGGCCCUCCGCUCAGAUGGAAGCUGACAGAGUUUUCGCCAAAAUCACCAAACCUGCUUUGGCAACUACAGUAUUUCCAAGACCCUCGCACUGGACGCUCCAUACCCAGGAAAAAGUAUUCGCCGCCGUACGGAUUGCUGAAGCUUGAUGGUGUCGAUGACAAAUCCUUCGAUGACUACCUGAAGGACCUUCUCGAGCCGUUCCACUUGAACGAGCUUGGCCAAAGCUUCUACGCCGAAGAGAACGAAGUGGACCAGGACAUGUUCCAAUGCCAAGUCCUCCAUAUGAUGUCGCGGCUGUACAUUGGUACUUGCGAUGACAAGCUUAAAUCUCUCCUGCGAGACAUCUUGCGGAUGAUGGUGAUCACAUGGAUAAUGGGCCACACCUUGACAAUAACUGAGGACACCCUACGCCCUGUCAUCAAUAACGUUCGCCAUUCCAGGAAACCAAACGAUUACGAACUUCAAGAAUUCACUUCGCCUCGCCUCGCCAAUAGGCAGCUCAAAUUCUUCUUCGGCGUCUUGCGCAACCAGAUGUAUGAGAAGUUAUUGAAAUGGCUCCAGCAGACCUUGCAUACUGCUGGCAAGAAAGAGCAGACCUGGUUGCAGUCAUUCUGUGUUAUUCUUGGGUUCGCUAUGGUAUUGGAAGAGAUUCAACGCACCAUACAAUGCCAUGCCGAUGCAUUGAUCGUACGUAGUGAAGCCACUCCUGAACAAGCCGAGACACAGGCUUUCAACAGUUGCAAAGGCAUAGAUGACCGGUUUAAGCUGCUCGUCGGCCUGUUUCAAUGCAAGUAUCGCGACAAGAAGUGGGGAGAGUAUGGCAGCUUCGGCAAUGGUACGCCAGAGCUAAAGGAGCCCAUCGCGCAUGAAUUCUGCUCCAUAUUGCGCAACAUGGUGGAAUAUAAGCAAGGUCACUUGCGAUCGCGAGAGAACGUGCCAUUCUCGCUCGAAAACCAAUGCCGCUACACCACGAGGCUAACGGCAAGAUUCCUGUUACCAUUCCUGGAUCUGCCCAAAGCAUAGCGAAGCGAGCAUGAGUCUUGGUUUGAAUUACGGAGUCACUUGGCACGAAUGGAUUGACGGCGACCUGGGCUGCGUAGCAACAUCUGUUACCCGGCCGGUCAUCGGCUGAAUCAAAGAUACCCCAACGGAGUUUUCGGUCUCUCAAGAUACGACGAGAGAAUGAGCUGUGAUGCUUUCAGCUCGGCAUGGUUAUACAGGACGGCGGUUUCUGUCCUCACGAUCUAACGAUAGCGGCACUUUGCCCGAAUGCGGCAACAUAAUGUCUUGAACGGCCGCGGAUGGGAAAUGAAUCAAAUGAUGGAAGAGCUAUCUCGCGAAGCACUUCACCGUGCUCGCAACCGCGAGACUAGUACUCAGAUAGGUGAUCACUGGGGAAUCCCUCGUGCUGUAAUGCACAGAAAGGGAUUCCUAGCGUCCCCUCAGCAUAGUGUCAAAAAAUGAAGUCCAAUCAUCCAC